AUGUGUUUGGGCGCGGUCGUUGUGCUUCUCGUGAUAACCCGUGACCGGCCAGCGGAGGUGGCGAUGGUGUUGUCUAUUGACACGUCGUGCUUUGUGGCUUGCUCUCAAAUCUUUCGUGGUCAGAGCCCGCCCGCGGCCACGAGCAGGCCCUCUGGAUACAGAAUCAAUGCUGAGGAUGGCAUUGUGCCCCAAAUUACCUCUGCGGACGCGGGCGGGCGUGGUUCGAUCAAUUUGGUGCUGUUUUCAAAAAUUUCGUGCUCGCUGUUGUAG